AGAAAGAUAAGAUAAGAUUUUCAUCAAUUUACUUUAACUUAAAUUUUUCCUAGUGUGAUUAUUAAUUGAAAAAAUUGGUGAUGGCAAUAAGGUGAAAUAUACUCCAUCCGUAGCAUAAAAUGCUUCUAACUUAUCAUGUUAAUGAGAAUGAGAUGUACCAAAAAUUCUCCUCAAUUUAGCCUUUGACUAAACUAGCUCCUCUACUCUCGCCACUGGCUGCAAGGCAAGAGCUGACUUCCAUUUUCCAGUUUCCACUCUCCCAAGAAACGCCGAGAUGAUGACCGCUGUGGCAUCUACCAUUCCCCUUUCAUUUGCUUUCUUUUCUCGCCAGGACUUUCUGGGCUCAAAAUAUAAUAACUGCGGUUGUAGAGAGCAAAAGGUAUCUUUACUCGCUCGUGUAUGAUAACCUAUGAGGGAAAGAUUCAGCUAUCCUGCAUUCCAAUUUUGGCUAACAAGAAGGGCAAAGUUCAAAAGAGGGGGCUUUCAGAAAAUAAGAGCUGCAUUUGAGCUAAAGCCUCCACCAUACCCAAUGAAUGCAUUGGAACCUCACAUGAGUCGUGAAACGUUUGAAUAUCACUGGGGAAAACAUCACAGGGCUUAUGUGGAAAGCUUAAACAAGCAUAUACUUGGAACUGAACUGGAGGGGAUGAGAUUAGAAGACAUUGUAUUGGCUACAUACAACAAAGGCGAUAUGCUACCUUCUUUCAACAAUGCCGCACAGGCUUGGAAUCAUGCAUUCUUCUGGGAGUCAAUGAAGCCGGGUGGUGGUGGAGAGCCAUCAGGAGAACUACUAGAGCUGAUAAACAGAGACUUUGGUUCCUUUGACAUGUUCGUGAAAGAGUUCAAAAUAGCUGCAGCAACACAGUUUGGCUCUGGCUGGGCUUGGCUUGCAUACAAGGCCAAUAAACUCAACGUGGAAAAUGCAAUAAAUCCCCUUCCAUCGGACAAAGACAAGAAGCUUGUAAUUGUUAAAACCCCUAAUGCUGUGAACCCUCUUGUAUGGGAUUACUCUCCACUCCUAACAAUAGAUGUCUGGGAGCACGCAUAUUACCUAGACUUUCAGAACUGUCGGCCAGACUACAUUUCUGUUUUCAUGGAGAAGCUUGUGUCAUGGGAAGCAGUUGGUUCUCGGUUAGAUGCAGCAAAGGCUCGAGUUCUCGAGCGUGAAGUAGAAGAAGAGAAAAGAAGGGCCGAGGAGGAAGGCCAAAAUGAUCAAACAGACAAGGGAGUUACAGUGGUAUAUUUUGAUGAUAAUGGUAAAAUUUUUGAAGAAGACGCCUCAGAAUCUGAAGAAGCUACAUGAUUAUUUAUUUGCACUUGAAUAAUAAAUGUGGUGUGUUUUCAUCUUUUAACCAAACACGAAGUUUAAUUAAUCUUUGAUAAAUAAAAUUAUUUAAAAACUCAUUGAAAGUUUCGUGUAUGUUAAAUAAAACUUAUACGAG